GUGCGCGUGUGUGCGUUUCAUACGUGCGAGGGCGCGGCUCCUAGCACGCAGUCGGCGCAGCGGAUUUCCGGGCCGGCUGGGCUAGGACAGCGGACGAGAUGGCGGAAGGCCGGGGUUGCAGUGAGCGACCGGAUGUGGAGACCCAGAAGUCCGAGCUCGGCGCCUUGCUGAGGACCACGCUUCAACGAGGGUCGCAUUGGUAUCUUAUUGAUAGCCGGUGGUUCAAGCAAUGGAAGAAGUACGUGGGCUUUGAUAACUGGGAUAUGUACAAUGUGGGUGAACAUAACCUGUUUCCUGGGCCAAUUGACAACUCUGGACUUUUUUCAGAUCCUAAGAGUCAGACCUUGAAAGAACACUUAAUUGAUGAGCUGGACUAUGUGUUAGUCCCAACUGAGGCCUGGAACAAAUUACUGAAUUGGUAUGGCUGUGUAGAAGGCCAGCAGCCCAUUGUCAGGAAAGUUGUGGAGCAUGGCCUUUUUGUCAAGCACUGCAAAGUGGAGGUGUAUUUGCUGGAACUGAAGCUCUGUGAAAACAGUGACCCCACCAAUGUGCUGAGUUGCCAUUUCAGCAAAGCAGACACCAUUGCAACCAUUGAGAAGGAAAUGCGGAAGCUUUUUAACAUCCCUGUGGAGCGUGAAACACGGCUCUGGAAUAAAUACAUGAGCAAUACCUAUGAGCAGUUGAGCAAGCUGGACAACACUAUCCAAGAUGCUGGGCUGUACCAAGGCCAGGUGCUAGUAAUUGAGCCCCAAAAUGAAGAUGGCACAUGGCCCAGGCAAACCGUGCAGUCAAAAUCAAGCACUGCACCUAGCAGAAAUUUUACUACCUCUCCAAAAUCAUCAGCAAGUCCUUAUUCCUCAAUGUCCGCCUCUCCCGUUGCAAAUGGUGAUAGCACUAACACCUCUGGGGUGCACAGUUCCAGUGUCAGCAGGGGUGGAUCUGGCUUCUCUGCUUCGUAUAAUUGUCAGGAGCCGCCAUCUUCUCAUAUCCAGCCUGGGCUCUGUGGACUUGGAAACCUGGGGAAUACCUGCUUCAUGAACUCUGCUCUGCAGUGCCUGAGCAACACUGCACCACUGACUGACUACUUUCUCAAAGAUGAGUAUGAGGCCGAAAUCAACAGAGACAACCCUCUGGGCAUGAAAGGAGAGAUUGCAGAGGCCUACGCAGAGCUCAUCAAGCAGAUGUGGUCUGGAAGGGACACUCAUGUGGCCCCUCGCAUGUUCAAAACCCAAGUGGGACGCUUUGCCCCUCAGUUUUCUGGCUACCAGCAGCAGGACUCUCAGGAGCUGUUAGCCUUUAUUCUAGAUGGAUUGCAUGAAGACCUGAAUCGGGUCAAGAAGAAGCCCUACUUGCUGCCGAAGGAUGCCAACGGGCGGCCAGAUGCGGUGGUAGCAAAGGAAGCCUGGGAGAAUCACCGGUUGCGGAAUGAUUCUGUGAUUGUGGACACUUUCCAUGGCCUCUUCAAAUCUACAUUAGUUUGCCCAGAAUGUGCUAAGGUUUCUGUCACCUUUGACCCAUUUUGCUACCUAACACUCCCACUGCCCUUGAAAAAGGAUCGCGUCAUGGAGGUCUUCCUGGUUCCCGCUGACCCUCACUGUAGACCUACCCAGUACCGUGUGACUGUGCCACUGAUGGGGGCUGUAUCUGACCUGUGUGAAGCUCUCUCCAGGCUGUCUGGCAUUGCUGCAGAAACCAUGGUGGUCACAGAUGUGUAUAAUCACCGGUUCCACAAAAUUUUCCAAAUGGAUGAAGGUUUAAGCCACAUCAUGCCUCGUGAUGACAUUUUUGUGUACGAGGUGUGCAGCACCUCCUCGGAUGGCUCAGAGUGUGUCAUGCUUCCAGUCUACUUCAGGGAAAGAAAGUCCAAGCCAGCAGGCACUUCUUCUGGGGCGGUGCUAUAUGGGCAGCCACUGCUGGUGUCCAUCCCCAAGCACAAGCUGACCCUGGAGUCUUUGUACCAGGCUGUGUGUGAUCGCAUCAGCCGCUAUAUAAAGCAACCUUUGCCUGACGAGUUUUGCAGCUUGCCCUUGGAGCCUGGGGCCUGCAGUGGCUCCAGGGGCAGCUGUGAAGGAGAUGAUGAAGAAGAAAUGGAGCAUCAGGAUGAAGGCAAAGAGCAGUUUUCAGAGCCAGAAGGCAGUGUGGAGGACAACUUGGGAGGUGACCCCAGUGAGGCCACCCAAAAGAAAGUCAAGGGCCAGCCCUGCCCGAGAAGGCUUUUUACUUUCAGUCUUGUGAACUCCUAUGGAACAGCUGACAUAAAUUCACUUGCAACUGAUGGGAAACUACUCAAACUGAACUCUCGAUCCACAUUGGCCAUCGACUGGGACAGUGAAACCCGGAGUCUUUACUAUGAUGAGCAGGAAUCUGAGGCCUACGAGAAGCACAUGAGCAUAGUACAGCCUCAGAAGAAGAAGAAGACCUCAGUGGCCCUGCGAGACUGCAUUGAGCUUUUCACCACCAUGGAGACCCUUGGCGAGCAUGACCCCUGGUACUGUCCCAACUGUAAGAAGCACCAACAGGCCACAAAAAAGUUUGACCUGUGGUCCUUGCCCAAGAUUCUGGUGGUCCACCUCAAACGUUUCUCCUACAACAGAUACUGGAGGGAUAAGCUUGACACAGUUGUGGAAUUCCCAGUCAGACACUGCAUAUGCGAAGAACAGAUUCAGUGGGAAAUGGUAUUACUUUGAUGAUAGCAACGUGUCCCUGGCCUCUGAGGACCAGAUAGUGACGAAGGCCGCAUAUGUGCUGUUUUACCAGCGUCGGGAUGAGGACUGUUGCAAGGAGCCUCCGCUCACCAGCUUCCUUAGCUCUUGUGAUGGAGAAAUGAGGCCUGGCAGUUCACAGCAGGGCUUGGGGGACGAUGAGGCUUGCAGCAUGGACACCAACUGAUGUGACUCGGACGAUGCUACCCCGAAGCACCAUUGCCACUCCCAGGAGAGGGUCACCGCAUCUGAAAACUACAGGAGAAAAUUCCCUUCCUUUGUGAGGAGAGAGAGAAGGCCCCAUUUGCUCAGAGGUUUAUGUCCAGGCUGAAUGUUCUUUUUAAGCAGAUGGUGAGAGGAGCCUGUGGACCUGCACCUCAGAGUGUGCGGCACAGUGGAGCACGUCUGCUGGAGCCCAGGCAUGGGGAGGACACCUUGAUGCCAACGGAGUCUGGUGUGAGCUCAGAACAGAACUUUGUGGUUCUGGUGCUGAUCCUGGUCACCUUACUAGUCAGGCCAUAGUAAACCAAACCUCAAGUAAACUUGCUGUUGUCCCCUUGUCCUUUGCUGUUCAUUGACAUGGGUUUAUAAUUUUAUAAAAAUUAACUACUGAA